UAUUUUCGCAAAUCAAAUGAAAGCUUGAAUUUUUAUCAGCCAUGGCAGCAGCAUCACUCCUCAAAACCCUCUUUCUCAACUCCUCUCUCUCCCCAUCACCGCCGCUCCUCUCUUUCUCUCCGCCCCACCGCCGCCUCCUCAUCUCCUUCUCCACCACCACCUCAAAAAUCACAUCAAAAACCAAGAAAAAAUCCAAGAAAACCAAACAAAAUCAAAAACCCACCACUAAGAACAUCAAUGAUGCCAUCAAAGAUGAUGUAAAAAGCAAGAGAUUGGCUGAUUUAGCUGCUGUGAAACGUAGGACCAGGUCUGAUAAGGAGUUUGAUGAGGAGGCUGUGCUGAAAUUUGGGGACAGUGGGUCCCACAUACCUGUGAUGCUUGGUGAGGUUUUGGAGGUUUUUGGGUGUGUUCAGCUGAGGAGUUUUGUGGAUUGUACUCUUGGUGCUGCUGGGCAUUCGUCUGCGAUAAUUCAGGCCCAUUCUGAAAUGCAGUUGUAUGUUGGAAUGGAUGUUGAUCCUGUAGCUCAUGAAAAGGCUCGAGCUCGGAUCGACGACAUCUUGCAUGCUAAAUCUUGCAGUUCAGCUUUAAUCCCAAAAACACACAUAGCAGUUGAAAAUUUUAGAAAUGUCAGGUCUGUGCUUUCUGAGGUUGAUAAGAACAUUAAAGUCUCUGGAAUUGAUGGAAUUCUAAUGGACUUGGGAAUGUCAUCCAUGCAGGUGAACAAUUCCAAAAGAGGUUUUAGCGUGCUUAAUAAUGGACCACUUGAUAUGCGAAUGAAUCCUAAGGCUAGUCUGAAAGCAGAAGACAUAUUAAAUUCAUGGCCAGAUACUGAAUUGGGGAGAAUCCUGCGGGAGUAUGGUGAGGAGAGCAAUUGGCGCUCUCUCCAGAACAAAAUUGUUAAGGCUCGUUUGAGUGGAGGUUUGCAUUCAACUGGUCAACUUGUAGAUCUUAUUCGAAAUUCAACUUUUAAUGCUAAAGGAGGGAGGCAAGGUUGGAUAAAGACAGCAACACGAGUAUUUCAAGCCCUAAGAAUUGCUGUAAAUGACGAACUCAGGACACUUGAGGAAUCUCUGCAUACAUGUUUUAAUUGCCUUGCACCGGGAGGAAGGCUUGCUGUAAUUUCCUUCCACAGUUUGGAGGACAGAAUAGUGAAGCAAACAUUUCUCAAUAUUUUUAGCACCAGUAGCGAUAUAAAUCAAGCCAUAGCAGAAGGAGGUUCAUGCUCAAAUGACAAAGACGCAAUAAAGCUUAAUCGUGCCAUUGAUGAACAAGAAGCAUGGGUUCGACAGAUGAUAAAAGGCAAAAAUGCAAUUAUUCUCACCAAGAGACCCAUAACACCAUCCGAAGAUGAAGAGAAGUUGAAUGUGAGGAGCAGAAGCGCUAAACUCCGAGUUAUUCAAAAGGUUUGAAGGAGGAUACUUUUUUCACUCUUCUAAGUUUUAACCUUGUCAGUUGGACUGCUAAAAAAUGUGGAAGAGAUUACCUUGAGUUGUCUGUUGAACAAAGACACGAAUAGAGAUAGAAAUAGCAGGGGAGCUUAAUUGUUGAGUUAGUUAUGUAGAUAACGGGUAUAUUUAAAUUUUUUUGGUUGUAUGAUUAUUUAUCAUGUAUUCACUCCCUCCUUGUGCCGAAGGGGAGUACACGGGACGGCAUGGCACAGAUUGUAAGACUCUUUUGAAACAGAAUUCCACAAAUUUUUAUAAAAUUCUUUUCUUCUAAAUAAAUUUAA